GUUAUGUUUGUGCAAUACAAAUUCGUUUCACAAAUUAUUGCACAAUAUUAUUUUUAUUCAUCAAAGUUGAAAUAGACAGGGGUUUUGUGUGAAAGUUUUAAAAUAAAUUAACUAAACUCUUUUUUUCAUGUUGAAAAUAACCACCCAUAUUGUAUGUUUAGAAAAAUGGCUAAUAAAACAGAAGUAGCAAAACCUCAUUUAGUAAGAGUUUAUGAAUUAGACGCUUUCGAAAGAUUACUAAGAGGUAUAAGAGUGCCAGCAUGUAUGAUAACUGAGUCACACGUAGUUGUUGAUGAGCAAAGUGUUCUAAAGCGCCUCAAUGCAUUGACCAUUGGUGGGCCAGCUGAUGGGAACUGCUGUUCAUGUUGUGGUGUGGGACCAUUCACCACUAGAGCGAAGCAGACUGCCCACUACAAGGAACACUGGCACACAUAUAAUAUAAAAAGAAAACUCUUUGGCAAACCUGCAUUGACAUUGGGCCAAUUUAAUUCUAGACAAGAUGAUAACUCAAGUGUUUCUGGCAGUGACUCAGAAGGUGAUGAUGGUGGAACUAAUCCAGCCAGUGAUCUAUUUGCAGCUGCCACUAGGCACUGCAAGGCAUUCUUUACUAACCGCUAUGGCCAGGUCUUCUGUGUGUACAGAUGUAUUUUACAUCAUAAAAAGGAGGAGCUGUCAACGGACGGUGAUGGUCAAAAUUGGGUGGAACGAUGUACGCGACUUUCUAUCCCAGGCUACCAACGUUGGGCGGUCCUUAUGGUAUCAGGCGGUCAUUUCGCAGGGGCCAUAUUUUCUGGUGGCGUAGUAGUAUUACAUAAAACGCACCACUCUUACGUGACCCGUCGUGGUCAAGGGCAAGCGCAGUAUAACAGAGACCAUCACGGCAAUGCUCCGAGAUCCGCGGGAGCUAGUUUAAGAAGAUACAAUCAGGCACAGUUUUUAGAGCAUGUCCAAGAGAUCAUAGCAAGCUGGGCGGAAGAUCUAAAAGGUUGCUCUUGCAUUCUGUACCGUGCGGUGGGUUCGAUGAACCAAGCUGCGUUAUUUGGGAAAAAUUCUCCGUUAAGUAGAGAUGAUUUUCGUGUUAGGGCAUUACCUUUUCCAACAAAGAAGCCCAGUUUUAAAGAAGUUAAGAGAGUACACGAGACCUUAGCAAGCUUUGAAGUCUACGAUUCUAUGGAGAUUUUCCAAAAGGCGUUGAUCGCUUCCUCAACUAAACCUGCUAAACAGACUGGUUCAGACGAAAGUAAAAAGGUACAAAAGAGUCCUAGCAAGACCAUCAAUCGAGCUAAAUCCAGGGAACGUCCAGCUCGAGAGUUGCCAACUCAGUUAAUAUCAAGCGAAGACGAAGGCCCUUGCUUUAUAGAUCUUGAUACGCCGCUGGAUUGGAUUAAAACACUCUCCGAACAGAGCCGUCUCGGUUUACUAACGAACUCGAGAAAAGAUCUGAUCAAUGACACGGCGAUCGCAAGUUGUAGAAGUUCUGAAAGUCAAGACGAUAAUUUACCAGAGCAUAAAGAACAAAUUAGGAAAAAGAAAAACAAAAAGAAGGCCGAGGAAGGUAGACCGACUAAGAAAGGGCAGCCUAAAAUUCCAGCUAGUGUUCAAAAGAUGUGGACGCUUAUUGAAGACAAUGAUUUUACAUCGCUUGAAACUAUUAUUGAGACCUGGGAAGGUGACGAUUUAGAAGCAGCUUGCAACACACAGGAUCCGUCUGAUGGCAACACCGCUUUACACAAGGCUGCCAUUGCUGCUAAAGGAGAAAUGGUGACGCAAAUAUUAACAUCGGGAGGCGACCCGUGCGUAAAGAACCAUUUGCUGCAAACUCCUUACGCUGCAUCUCAAGACAGCGAUAUCAGGGUUUUAUUCCGACUUUUCCAGGGACAGUAUCCUGACAAAUAUAACUAUAAUAAGUCGCAAAUCCCAGGCCCUGUUACUCUGGAGCAACUGGAACAGGAAAAAGAGAAGAAAGCUCAGCAGAAGAAGUUGAAGAGACAAAGAAACAAAGUGAAGCAAGUUGAAAAGAUUAAAACGAACAAGUAUUUACAGCUAACGGACACUCAAAAGGUAAGACUCGACGAGCCUCGAUGCUUUCUUUGCGCGCAUCGUCUUCCAAAGCCGCCAUUCGAAUAUGACAAGUACAAAUUCUGCUCCAUUCGAUGUCUUCAAAAUCACAGGAACGUUAGACCGCUGCACAUGAGCGCGUAACAGUGGAUUUACAACCUUAUUUUCAAGGACAUAAAGUUUAUAUUAUUGAAAAUGAAUAAAUUUGAUUAAGCCCUGUAAGUGUUUGUGAUUUUUGUUAAGCAAUUUCGGAAAAUAGAGUGAAUUUGAAAUAGGUAUAUUAAUUUAUAAAUAGUUCUUCACUUGGACAAAAUAGUUUUUACUUAAAAUGUCCUAAAAGUCGAUACAUGAUGGUCACCUUAACAUUUUUUUACGUGCACCCUUAGGUUAACUGACAACUAUUUAAGUUAUUUGAAUAGGUUUCCACUGUUGAUAAAAUUUAUAAAAACAUUAUAUUGUUAUUUCAGUUUUUUCAUAACGAGUGACAGAGAUAGCUAGUGUAAUACUAAUUUAGCAUUAGGAAACGUCAGUAAUGCGAUACUAGGAGUAUUUUAUGUUAUUCUUGCAUGAUAUUACAAGUGUUUAUUAAUUUAUUUCAUUAGACUUAUGGAUUUUAUUCAUUGGUACUUAAUUUUGGUAAUAUAUUUAGUAAUAUUGGUAAUAAUUUAAUGUGUUUAUAAUAAUAGUACACGUAUUUGGAUAUUAGCAAAAUAUUUUUAUUACUAGCAAUCUGCAUAAAUAAGUCGAUGAAUAAAAUUAUGUAUAAUAUACGAAGAUUUUAAAUUAUCUGAAAAUCUUUUAAAGGUUUAUUAGUUAUUCUUUUCUUAAAUAUAUCUUCUCUUAAUCUAUUAAUUUUCAGAAUUUAUGUUCAAUUCUCAAGAAUUACGUAAUAAAAUGUUUAAUAACAAGGUUGAAAAUAUGUUUUACGAUGUAUAUCUUACCACUGUCUUCAUGUAGGGAUAUGUAAGUUGAUAUUUAAAGGUAUCCAUACACGUAGGCAAAAUGGAGCUGACGGCCGACACGAUGUACCUGCAAACUGGGGUCCGUGUAUAACCUUCCGUGUACAGCGGACCUUAGUUUUGCUACUUCUAAGUGCGUUAGUAAAAAUAUUCAAACACUGCCAUUUUACGUGCUA